GAAAAUUAGGGAUUUCAACUCCGUAGUAGACAAUUAUUGUUCAUGCUAGGCGCACAAAUAUUACACUUUAAAGAUGCGAGUUUUCCUUCUACUCCUACCUCUCUGCCUCGCUGUGGUAAGCUACCCGAUGGAGGAAGCCGAGAAGGAGUUCAUCGAGGAGAAGGAGGUCGUUGACCUCGAUCUCAACCCUAUCAGGGAGGUCAGGGGGGUCAAUCAGGUAGCUGAACCAAUCGUAAAGGAGGAAAAGAAGAUAGAGGAAAAAUUACUGAAAAAGGAAAAAGAACUUGAGAAGGAAAUUUCCAGAAAGAAAAGGGAAAUCGACCUACCAAUGAUGCUCAGAAAACAGAGAAAAAUCGAGGAACCAAUGGUGUUAACAAAGGAGAGAAAAAUCGAGGAACCAUUGAUGCUCAAGAAAGAAAGAAAAAUCGAGGAACCAAUGAUGCUAAAGGAGAGAAAAAUUGAAAAACCAAUGAUGUUAAGAAAAGAGAGAAAAAUCGAAGACCCAAUGAUGCUAAAAAAGGAAAGAAAAAUCGAGGAACCAAUGAUGCUAAAGGAGAGAAAAAUCGAGGAACCAAUGAUGUUAAGAAAAGAGAGAAAAAUCGAAGACCCAAUGAUGCUAAAGGAGAGAAAAAUCGAGGAACCAAUGAUGCUAAAGAAGGAGAGAAAAAUUGAAAAACCAAUGAUGCUGAGAGAGGGAAGAGAAGCACAUCAUUACGACUAUUACUAUUACUAACCAAAUUUUUGAACAAUAUAUAAACUUCUGUACAUGUCUUUUGACUAAAUGGAUUGCAUUAAGCAUAAAGCAUAAAUGCGCAAAUAUUAAAAGAAGAAUGAACCCUCAUUAUUUUCUUACUUAUUCUGUAAAAGUUAUAUAUCUAACAUUUUUGUAUUUUCAUUAUUGCAAAUAUAUUUGUAAAAAAGGAUC